AUGACGCUGGGAAGCUCCGGCGCCGGAUCGAGCGUCGUCGUUCCUCGGAACUUCAGGCUAUUAGAAGAGCUUGAGCGUGGAGAGAAGGGCAUUGGUGAUGGGUCAGUGAGCUAUGGAAUGGAUGAUGCAGAUGACAUCUAUAUGCGGUCAUGGACUGGUACCAUCAUCGGCCCUCACAAUACUGUACAUGAGGGUCGCAUCUACCAGCUUAAGUUGUUUUGUGACAAGGACUAUCCUGAGAAGCCACCAUCUGUCAGGUUCCACUCAAGAAUCAACAUGACAUGUGUUAAUCACGAGACGGGAGUGGUUGAUCCAAAGAAGUUUGGUUUGCUAGCAAACUGGCAGCGAGACUACACAAUGGAGAACAUCCUAACCCAGCUCAAGAAAGAGAUGGCUGCCUCGCAUAAUCGAAAGUUAGUGCAGCCUCCAGAAGGGACAUUCUUCUAA